AUGUUCAAAGCUGUGUUUGGAAGCAAGAGGGAGGGAGGAGGGAAACGUGGAGACAAAAAGAGUCACAAACAUGCAGGUGGGGAGGCGCGCACCCCCGGUGCCACACAGAAGGGGAGCAGCCAGCGGGCGGCUCUCCUCCACGGCCGUAACGGCGGCCAUGUCGGCACCCCGAGGAGGCCGAAGAGACUGACGAAGGGCGUGUCCAUUUCCUUGCCGUCCUCCCCUCUCCUCCCCCACCAGGCCGACAUGGUGGCGUCCCAGUCGUGCGUCAGAUUUGCAGGACGGCUGAGGAAACCGGAGGAUGUGGACGUCUCUUCUGGAGCGAGGGAACCUCUCGUCUUCGUCUCACGCCGCGGCAGGACGGACCCCAGAGACCUCCACGUGGAGCCCCACCUCAGCUCCUCCCUCUCUUCCCAGGAACUGAUGACCAGACUAUGUUUCUUACUGGGAGACACAACGUCCAGCACUGCUAGCUCUCCUAUGGAGAACCGCAGGGAAAGGAAGUGUGACACCUCCACCCAUGGGGGGAGUCCCAGCUCCACUCUGACCCGCAGCACCGCCUCUCCGUGCUCGGAGAGCCCCACUUCCACCCUGAGUACCGGUGCUGGAGGCCAGUCCUUACCCUUAUCCUCCCCCCGCUGCGGCUCCGGCUCCAGUCCCAGCGGAACCCUCUCCAGCCCGGCCCGAAGCCCUGCCCGCAGUCCAGCACACAGCCCUGCCCCGUGUCCUACUUCUGGACUCAAGCCCACGAGCAGCCCUGGGCCUCCGUCUCAAAGCCCCACCUCCACGUUGGAGAGCAAAGAUAGUGGAAUCAUAGCGACCAACACCAGUUCUUCUGAGAAUGAGGAACGCAGCACAUCCGGCGAGGUUCUGAUCAAGGACGAAGACCCGAGUGGCAGCUCCAGCAUCAUGGGCCUCACAGCCGAGGACCGCCAUCUUGGGCACACCAGAGAAUGUCUGUCGGCCCAACAAGCCGAGGCCAUGCCCAGAACUGAGAUCAUAGAGCUCCGGACUCCGCCGGCGCCGAAAAGACCCCUCCCCCAGCACCACGGUCACACCACAUCCUCCCUCGUGAUGCCCCGCCCAAACUCAGUGGCCGCGACAAGCUCCACUCGACUGGAGGAUCUGGGUUUUUUGGACCACCAGAGGUUUGCUGGGAACCGGGGCUCGGUCCGUAAACACAACACAGCUGGACGCACGAGCGAUGACUCCAAAGGUCCGGGGAGGUUGGCGCCAAUCAAACAGGCCGACAUCAUGCUCAAACCGCUGCUGUUCGAAGUCCCCGGCGUCACGCCCGAGACGCCGUUCGUGGGCCGGGAUUGGCUCUUCACGCGCCUGGAGGAGGUCCUGAGAAAAACCAGCAGCUGCGAGGGGCGCGGUGCUGUAAUCGUUGGCAACGCCGGGUCCGGCAAGACGGCCAUCAUCUGGCGGCUGGUGGCGCUCAGCUGUCAUGGUGUGCGCGCGCCACACGGAGUUCCCAGCAUGCCUCAGAGCCCCGGCUUCUCCCCUAAAUCUGGAGAGAAGCAGGGAAAAGGAGCCUCCAAACAUCCAGCUGAGGUCCAGUCCAACCAGAACUCUACUGCAGCUGCCGGAGAGAGUCCAGCUCUGAGGAAGGAGGCCGCCAGAGGCCUCGCUGCCAAGGUGGUGUCGUACCACUUCUGCCAGGCGGACAACACCUACACCUGCCUGGUUCCAGAGUUUGUGCACAGCGUCGCCGCCCUGCUGGCCAGAGCGCCUCAGCUGGCUGCGUAUCGAGAGCUGCUAAUCCAAGAACCUCACCUGCAGACCACGCUCAGUUUACGCUCCUGCGUUCAGGAUCCCAUCGCCGCCUUCAGAAAGGGAGUCCUGGAACCGCUCGCCUCGUUACGCAAAGACCGACGGCUGCCCGAGGAAGACUACAUCAUACUGGUCGACAGUCUUAAUGAAGCUGAGUUCCACAAACCGGACUAUGGGGACACGAUCGCCACCUUCGUCACCAAAGUCAUCUCCAGAUUUCCUGCAUGGCUGAAGCUGGUGGUCACAGUGAGGACAGGCCUGGUGGAAAUCACCACGCUCCUUCCCUUCUCCGGCAUCUCUCUGGACAUCCUGCCGGACAGCAGCGACCUGGGGGCCGACCUGAGCGACUACAUCCACCACAGGGUCAGUGGCAGCAGCCAGAUCGCCACCAACGUCACCACGCCAACAGGCUCCGCCCCCGACCCUUUGCUUCUCAGCAAGUUCAGCAGCCACCUGUCGAGCCGGAGCCACGGCUCCUUCCUCUACCUGCAGCUGACCCUAGAUCUGUUCCACAAAGGUCACCUGGCUCUGAAAGGAGGGAACUACCUGGUGGUGCCGGUCUCCCUGUCAGAGGUGUACCUGCUGAUGUGCCGUGCGAGCUUUCCGGAGAAGGAGGUCUUUGAGCGAGUUCUCCCGGUGCUAAAUGUAGCUCUGGCUUCUUUGCACCCGCUGACUGACGAACAAAUGUUCAGGGCGCUGAACGCAGGCAGCGUGAAGGGGGAGCUGGAGUGGAGCGACUUCCUGCAGAGUUUAGACGGCCUGGCUGGACUCAUGGUUCGGCGCAGGGACGGCACACGGAUGCUGGGUCACCCCUCCUUCAGGGAGUGGCUGGUCUGGAGAGCCGACGGAGAAAGUACGGACUUCCUGUGUGAGCCGAGGAGCGGCCAUGCCCUGCUGGCCUUCAUGUUCUCAAGGCAGGAGGGGAAGCUGAACCGGCAGCAAACGAUGGAACUGGGUCAUCACAUCCUCAAGGCUCACAUAUUUAAGGGUCUGAGUAAAAAGACCGGUGUGUCCUCCAGCGUUCUUCAGGCCAUGUGGAUCAACUGCAGCACCGACAGUCUGUCCGCCGCACUGGGCUCCCUGAGAAACCUGUACACACCCAACAUCAAGGUGAGUCGUUUGCUGAUGCUCGGCGGGGCGAGUGCAACCUGGUCUACAGAGGUCAUAGGUCACGCCCCCAUCCUGGCGGUCCACGCCCACCUGGGACACCUGGAGAUGGUAGCUCUGUUGUUGGAGAUGUUGGCACCUGUCGACGGGACCACCGGCAGCGGCAUGACGCCUCUGAGUCUGGCAGCUGCCGCGGGACACGUUGACAUCGUCAGCCUGCUGUGCAAGAAGGGGGCGAAGGUGGGUCACGCUGAUAAAAGUGGGCAGUGUGCGCUGGUCCACGCGGCGCUGAAGGGCCACGCCGAGAUCAUCAACAUCCUGUUGGACCAGGACUGGGGAGCAGAAGUCCAAACCGACCCACAGCUGCACCCAGGGAAUGAAGCUGCGACCGGAAAAACAGCCGCAGUGCAGCAGGCGGUCACCGCAGCAGCCAGCUUGGGACACACGCAGGUGGUGAAAAGCUUUCUGGACCUGGAAGAUGAACAGCUGGCGGCGCAGAUGGACGCUCACGACUCCCUCUGGGGAGAAACGGCUCCGGAGGUGCACAACCUGGUGGAGCACGGGGCGGUGCUGGAGAGAGCGGAUAACAACGGAACCAGAGGUUCGGACCGGGCGGCAGGCUGCCAGAACCCGUCUCUGGUGGCUUCGCUUCUUAAGAAAGGAUCCAAGACCGGCUACAGAUCGGCGCCGCACGAUCGAUCAGGUCAUGCUACGUGGGCCAUGGCCUCCUCCAAACCCGACAUCCUCCUCAUCCUGCUGCAGAAGCUCAUGGAGGAGGGGAACCUGCUCUACAAGAAAGGACGUAUGAAGGAGGCGGGCCAGCGGUACCAGUACGCUUUGAGGAAGCUCCCUCGCGAGGUCCAAGGAGAGGAGCUAAAGGGCCUCCGGGACCUGAGAGUGUCCCUCUACCUGAACCUGUCCCGGUGCCGCAGGAAAACCAGCGAUUUUGGCAUCGCCGAGGAGUUCGCAACGAAAGCCCUGGAGCUGAAACCGAGGUCUUAUGAAGCGUUCUACGCCAGGGCUCGAGCCAAGAGGAGCAGCAGGCAGUUUGCCGCGGCGCUGGCAGACCUCCACGAAGCAGCACGACUCUCCCCGUCCAACCGGGAGAUCCGCCGCCUGCUGGUGCGAGUCGAGGAGGAGUGUAAACAUCAUCAGAAGAUGUGCGGCAGCGGCUCCACGCAGGGUUACGACAGGGACCCCCACGCCCACCACCACCAACCUGCGGAGGAGGAAACAGACGUGUUUUCUCAGGGAAGUCUGGAGAGGCAGAUCCCAGCUGAGCUGGUGGACGGAGAGGUGGAGGAGGGUGGGGAGGGGGGCCUGCCCCGAGGGAAGAGUCCAGAUUUUUGGCCCCUGAAUCCGUACGCUCCCAACAGGACCUUCCCUGGAGGAGUGAGCUUUGGUGUGGGAGACCAGUCCCCACUACCUCCAGAGGAAUGUGUCCAGAACCAGCUGUUUGUGGACGAGCUGGUUCACGUCAUGAACAGGCAGAACCAGAGCAGCCGGACUCACAGCUGUCAUUCCCUCCAGUCUGGGAGCAGAGGGGGGGUCCGGCCCGUGUCUCUGUGUGGCCCCUCGAGCCCUCGGCCCAGCAGGCACAUGUCUCUGAGACCGGCGCCUGCGGCGGGCAUCGACAUCGGUCCAGGAUUGGCCAGUGAACACUCCCGACACAGCCCCACUGAGCACUACCACCCCCUGUCCCCCAGCAGCUCGUCCCCGCCCGGACUGCUGCCCAUGUACCAGCCCAGAACCUCCAGCUUCUCCAGAGCCCCCGACAGACUCUGCACCCACACCACGCCCCUGGACAGCCUGGCUCUGGCUCUGGCCUCUGGGAUCGAGCUCCGGCGGGACGGGGGCGGAGGAGGAACGGCAGGUUCGAGGGGCUCCAGCUCCAGUCAGGCCUCCAGCGGGAACCUGUCAGACGGGGGCAAGCAGCCACCAGACGCCCCCUGCCCCAUCAAGAGCAGCGGCAGCUUCAAGGCUAAACCCGACCUGAAGCCUCGGCCCUUCAUGGGCGUCAUGGACAAAGCGGUGCGAGUCCAGGGCCAACAGACCUCGGGCCCGAGUCGACAGAGUCCAGGAGGAGCGGAGAGUUUCAGCAUGUCGGUCAUGGAGUUCCAGGGGCAGAGCGAGUUCAAGCGCGCCUCCUUCCAGGAGCAGCCGAGCAGGGAGUUCGGUUCCCAUCAGCGAGAGAUCCGAGGCUCGUCGUCCUCCCAGCUCCUCUUCCCCGAGGGCCGGCACAGACAGGCGAGCCUCACGAGGGACAACCCGGCUCUGCACGUGGCUCCCAUUAAACCCAAGCGCUCGUUCAUCGAGUCCAACGUGUGAAAGCAGCUCAGAGGUCGUCCUCAACUCGCUCUGACC